CCCAAACCUUAUCAAUAUUAUAAAAAUACCCAAUUUAAAAAACUAGGUCAAUUUUUCAGCCUCUCUUCCGUCGUCCGUCUUCUUCUUCGUUUUUCAUCGAUCGUGACGAAGACCUCAGCCGCCAGUACUCCCAGCAGCUGAUCGCAGCCGUCGGUGGAAGUGGUUUGUUACAAGCUACUUGCGAUUUUCAACCAUGCUUUUAGGCAAAAAAUUGAUGGGUAAAACCCAUUAUGACAUUCUAGGUGUGAGGGAAGAUGCAAACUAUGAAGAAAUCCGUACAAGCUAUCGGUCCGCCAUCCUCGAUUCCCAUCCAGAUAAAUUGCAAAAGACAUCCGAGACUUCCUUUCCCAACCAUGAGUCGGGAAAUAGAUUUCUAGAGGUGCAGAGGGCUUGGGAAAUCCUCAGCAACUCAAAGUCGCGCGUGGCUUAUGAUAGUGAGUUACAAGCAUCAAGGCAUGAUUUUGUAGCUGCAGAAGAUGUUGGUUUAGAGGAUUUGAUGGUUGAAAAUACUGGAGAAUUUUUGGAGCUCUUUUACCAGUGCCUAUGUGGUGACUACUUCUCCAUUGAUUCUUCUGAGUUGGAGGAGAUGGGGUAUCAAUUAUUGAGGGAUGGGAGCAAGAUCUCUUUACAUAUAUCAGAUGCUACUUUGCCUUCAUCAAUUAUUCUUUCUUGUGGUUCUUGCUCUCUACAAGUCCGUUUGUUGAUUAAUGCAGAUAUUAAGCUUCAAACCAACAAUCAUCUGUAAUAUAGGAUAUAGGUUUUGCUUAAUUUAUUUUGGCUGAUGAUCGUUUCUUAUCAAUGAUCUAACAGUCUAUUUUUUGUUGUCUCUUUUCAAAUGGCAGAGUAGGUGUUUUGAGGCUGUCUUUCAGUUUGGGAAAAACAUCCAAAAACUGGAAAUGCAUUGGUGCUGAUAUUUUGCCAAAAUUUUUAGUAUUUGGCUGUCUAUACGGGUUUUGAUGUAGGCAAUUUCUGUUGGUUGUUUCUUUAAGAAUAUUGUUUGUCAUUUGUACGCGUAUAUAGACACAGAUCAGUGUAAUGAUUAUUCUUUCUUCUUCUUCUUCCUUUU